AUGCCUCUCUUCGGAUCCCGCCGCGAGCCAACUCCUCCCCCCGUCACCACGGCACCUGCACGCAAGCCAUCGCUCUUCCACCGUCGUCGGUCAUCAUCUCCAUCUCUCCGCGACCAGCGCCACAGCACUACGCACCACAACACGACCCACACCACAUCCCCAAAGCGCACUUCAGGCAUGUUCAACCGCAGCUCCGGCGACCCGAGCAUCCACGCGGCCAAGCAAUCCCUUCUCCAAGCUGAGACUGCCGAGAGAGAAGCAGACCGCGCCUUGUUCGCUGCUAAGAACGCCGUGCGAGACGCCAGGGCCAAUAUGGCUAGGUUGGAGCGUGAGGCUGCUGAGGAGGCUCGUCUUGCAAAGAUCAAGCAGGGUGAGGCUAAGGCGCUGGGCAAGAAAGGCCGCGCCCUUGGACGCCACGAUCAUAUCUGA